CAAUUCAUUUGUGACAUUUGAAAGUGUUUUACAUUCCAAAUAUGUUUGUGGCUAAAAUGUUGUUUGUCUUGGCGGCUGUUGUCCUGGUCAGCGGCACACCCCAGGGAUUUGGUGGAUUUGGUGCACCCCGCAUACUCACCGAAAGUGAACUGGAAUCGUCGCGGAAGGUACUGCAGAAUUCCCUUACCAAACUGGCUGCCGGUGAAGGACCCAACUACACCAUUUCGAAAAUAUUGUCAGCAAGUGUUCAGGUCGUUGCUGGUUCGCUGGACAAGUACAGUGUGGAGUUGAUCGAUAGCGCCGGUGAGAAGAAAGUGUGCGAUGUUUCGAUUUGGACAAGAUCUUGGCUGCCAAAUGGCACUGAGGUGACCUUCGACUGUCCCAAUGAGCAGAAAGUGAUUAAGAAUCAUUCAUAAUGCUGACUUGUACAUCUACAUCCAAUAAACACGGCAAACCAAUCAAAGUUA